CGAGAAGUUGAGAGAUUUGCUCCUUGAUUUGGAGAGCUCACGCCGACUGUUCGGCUCGUGCCUCUCUCUACUCAACAGUCACACACAAAGUAGAACAGUCGGAGCAUGGCAGCAAUGGCUGUGCUGCGUGAUGACCGCACUCGGCUGUAUGAAGAGGUCGCAUUGGAGCUCCACGAAAAGGAAAAUGGAUUCGCCAAAGGUAGCAACCUUGGAAAGACGAAAGACGAUUCGAAACAGCAUCCUGCAUUCACUUCACUCGCGGCCUCUUUUGAAAUCGCUUGCGCUCUCUCUCUCGCUGGUUGUCUGUCGCGGUGUGCAUUCCUCAUUCAGAACUCCGGGCCUUCGAGAAGCCGUCGAAAGGCGAGCCUUCUUGUCGGCGAGGCGAGACCGUCGAUUCCGUCACAACAGGUGGCGGCGAGGGAGUGUCUGAGGCUGACGGUGCGUCGCCGCUGAUAUCGCGGUGCGGGACGCUGGAGCUCGACAUGAGGAAGAGGGAGGCCUUCAAGCUCUCCCGCACGGCCAGUCUCGACUGCGGACCCGUCCUCGAGUAUGUCGAUGGAAGCACUAACGUCCUCACGGUCAAUGCACAACCUGGCAACACUGGAGGUGAGCAGACAGGGCAGAAACACAAUCACACAGACACCGACACUCAUGCUUGCUCGGCUCGCCUGUGUGUCAGGCACCGUGUGUUGUGAGUACCCAUCUGAUGCCGUUCGGCCGUCGUUCCGCAGCGGGAGUGCGUCAUUCGUGACGCUGGAGCCGCUGCCAGAAGAGGACAACGAAAACGACCUAGACGACGGCAACAAGGCCAUCGUCACCCGGGCUGGUGCUGGUGCGGCCAUUGGGGAGGAGAAUGGGGUGGAUGCGGCUGACAAGGAGGAGGUUGAUGACGCCGAGACGCGUGAGAUGCAGGAGCUGGCCAAUGAGUUGGUGGGCGAGUGGGAGGUCGUCCCGCAGCUGAGUGAGUCGCUCGAGACGUUUCUCAAGGGUGAGUGAGAGGGAACACACAUACAGUCUUCUCUCCUAGGCUGUGGUCCUACUGCAUUUGCUGGCGUGUCUUUUGUCUGUGCUUCUGCAGCCAUGGGCGUUGUGUGGUGGAAGCGACGCUAUGUCGGCCGGCUGGCCAUGUCCAUCUCCAACAAACUUCAGGCAAGCAAGCAGCGACGCACGAACUGACAGACAGACAGACAGACAGACAGACAGAAGAGCACAGCACCUCGAUAUCCAUUCCAUCACUCCUUCUUCCCUUUCACAGGACCCACUGCAUCUGCACUGCACGGCGUUCUUCCCGACUGGCCCCCGCACGCUGCCGCUGCACCUGGACGGCGACCCAUACGACGUCUCGGACCCCGACUGCGGCUAUUGGCGGGGGAUCUGCCGGGCUGGGAGCGCCCCUCACGCCUGGGGCUGCGGUGAGGGCGAGAGGUGUCUGCAGAGCAUCCGCACGAGCAAGGUGGGGGAGGUCACCGAAUGCCGCCGAGUCUUCGCCGACAAGCAGUACGGCUACGGCAGGAUACUCAGACUCCAAUACAGGUACGGGAGCAGAGAGACCGAGGGGGACGAACAGAAUGUCAUGUGUGUUGUCGCCGCGUGUGUGUGUGCAGAUUGGUGCCCAAGGACGUGAGCAAGCAGCCCAUUGUCGUGAACCGGAUAUGCAGGCCGAGACUCGGAAGCCCGCAAUCAGGCAAACGGGCAAACACCGUGUAUUUUUGACUGACACCUACGCACAAACUCGCACAAUGGGGAUGGCGGCUUGACUUUUGUGCGUUGCGUGAGGAAGCUGGGCUGCCUGGAUGGAUGGGUGUUUGGGUGGCUCUUAUCUGAGGGACGGGAUCCAGCAGUCAGUCAGUCAAUCAAUCAGCCAAUGGAUGGAUGGAUGCCGACACGGCGUAGUUUUUCUGUUGAGUGAGUGAAGACAUGCCUGUGUAGUGUCUCGCCUGUUUCUGUCACAUAUUGUUCUGGCCCAUACUGACUCAUCCGCCAUUUGUCGCUUCUCGUGUGUUUGUUGUCCUUUCUCGUCGUCACACCCAUCUGAUACCCACCAACCGACUGUCUGUCUGUCUAUCUGUCUGUCCGUGCGGCUUGUCUGACUUCACAUACGUGCUUUGUGCGUGUGUGUGUCCUUGGGGUGUGAGAGUGUGUGUGGGGGGGAGCAUAGGCUGGAGUGACUGACUGGGUGACUGGUUGACUGAGUAGAUCGGCAUCAUGGAAUGGAUGCAUCACACACUGGCCUGGGUCGAUGCAUUUGGUUGUCGAACAUGUUCGUACGUGGCGGAGGACACAGAGACAACUGCAGACCACUGACUGAUUGAAGGGAUUAUUCGCGCU